ACUCUUACAAGAAAACCCAUAUCUUACUUGAACAAAAUCCCCUUCCAAAAACCAAUCUCGUUGACCACGAUGGACCCAUCACCGUCACCACCAACAACCACCACCACCACUGUCACCGAACCACCGCACUCCCACUCUCUCCCACCUUUACCCACAUCCAAAAUCCGCCUCAUGUGCAGCUACGGCGGCCAUAUAGUCCCCCGUCCCCAAACCAAGUCUCUCUGCUACGCCGGUGGAGAAACCCGCAUCGUCGCCGUUGACCGCCGCACCACCGCCGCCACCAUCUCCGCCCUCACCCACCACCUCUCCCGCACCCUCUACGGCAACCGCCCCUUUGCUCUCAAGUACCAGCUCCCCAACGAAGACCUUGAUUCUCUUAUCUCAAUCACAACCGAUGAAGAUCUACAAAACAUGCUUGAAGAACACGACCGCAUCGUAAGCUCCCCUGCACCCGCACGCAUCAGAUUGUUCCUGUUCCCGACCCGACCCGAGUCUGUUGGCUCGUUAUUGCUUGACCCGAAGUCGGAAUCUUGGUUUUCUGAUGCGUUGAAGAGUACUAUGAUUAUUAAUAGGGGAUUGUCUGAUGGGUCGGGUAUGGGUAAUGGGUUGAUGGGGUUGGAUUGUUUGGAUGGGAAUGGGGAGAGUUUGAUGAAUAGUGGUGAUUCGGGUAAGGCGGGUGGGGGUGGGGGUGAUUCAGGUUCGGUGCCAGAAUCAAUGGUUUUGGAGACGUGUUCGUCGUUUGGGUCGAUUAAUUCGUCUGUUUCGGCUUCGAAUUUGGUUCCAGUUGGGGUUGGUAAUGAGGAUGGUAGUUUGAUGGAGAAGAAGGUUAAAGUUGCUGCACCUGGUGGUUCAAUUGAAAGUGAUAAUUCUGCUCGAAUUUAUCAAGAACAAGUGAUCCCGGAGUCAGAGAGUAUCAUCUACAAUCCUACAUCAGCGGUUCAAAUGCAAAAGAACAUUCAUGUUUCUGGUUAUCAGAUGCCACACAUGCAUGACCAAAGACAGCAGCCGGUGCAGUAUAUUCACUCGACAUCACCACAUUACAUUCAGUACCCAGCAGGACCAACGUUACCUAUGUCAUCUUACUACCCGAUGUAUGUACCGUACCAGCAGCCACCGCCAAAUCAGCCUUACCCCGUCUACGUGCUGCCUGUGGGCCCCACGGAUCAUUCUUCCAACAUCCCUGCUCCAGCUCAUGUUGCAAGUUCCCAUGUCGCUUAUAAGGAUGUAAGGGUUUCUCAACCACCAGCCGAACGAGCAGCCGUUGCACCACAACCGACUCCAUUGAACAGGGUGCCUGCUCAUCCGGCACAACCACCUGUGGGCCCUACUGUCGCACCUGCUCCUACUUUUGAAAAUGAAUACGACAACGACCUUGUUUAUGCUCAAAUCUACAAGAGCCAGCCCUCGGCCCCUGCAUUCCCCCCUCAGAAGUUUCAAACCGUGAACAAAGCAGAACAAGUCCCCUUGUCUGAUUCCUCAACACAGCUGCCAAUCGGGACCUCACAACAAUAACACAGUCGUCAAGUUUUCUGUAAGGUGUGUGCCUUUGGUGUUGUUAACUUGUUAUGUGUUUUUUAUGUUACUACUAGUGUUAGUGUGUUAUACUAUCUCAAUAAUAGUAUAAGUUAUAACGUUAUUUGCUACCCAUUUUCAUUUGUUUAUUGCUUGUAAAACUUAUAUUAUCAGUAUCAGAGCUUGUUUAAGUUAUGUAUUCA